GUUUUAUGACCUUUGACCUAUUUACACGAGGUAGAGGGUGAUUAUAGCUGUUCAUGAAUGAAUACCGGUGUAUUUCUGUUGUAAAUAUGAAGGCAAAAUUUGUACUGAGUUUUUACUGUGGUCUUAUUCUUAGUGAUUUGAUUGGAAAUGCUAAAUUGGAUGCAGCAAAAACAACAAAAAAGACAACAAAAUCACAUGUAACAUCUACACUACAAAUGACAACCGAAACCACUUCGUCAACAUCCACGCAAAACCAUACAGCACCAACAGCUCAAAACACGACAACAGUAGCAUCAUCUCCAGGAAUGACAACAGGAUCAAUGGAUUCUAACAUGACAACAUUUUCUAACAACAUGACAACACAGCCAACAAAUGCUUCAAGUGAAACUCCAUCUGUUGUCACAACUUUACCAUCCACUAUGACAUCACAAUUCACAAUGACGUCAACAUUACAUACCAUUCCAACAACCACCCAUCGCUCGCUUCCUGCUACAAAGAAGAAGGAAUUCGAUGCGUGGUCCUUCCUUGGUGGUGUAGCACUAGGACUUUUAGUAACAUUAGCCUGCAUUGGACUCGUUUAUUACUUCAACAAUCGAACGCCAUUUUCAAACAAGAGUGUACAGUACCGCGCCAUGGAACAUUAAUUAUCGUCUUACAUUGAUUUUCGUUUAAUACGCAUGUUGGCCGGCAUAAAAUUGAUCAUUGUAAGCCGUGCCGUGCUGAAUACCAGUGAAUACUCAGAUACUGUGUCAUUUACAUGUGUGUAAGAGAUACUAUUAAAAACUGCUCACACACUUUGUAAUAUUUCUAUGCAUAAUUUCUACAUGUCUGCUUUAAACCUUUGUAAUUUUUUAAAUGCAAUAUUUAUAUAAAUACUGUCGAG